UUUUUCUCUCAGGAAAAGCCCUAAUAAUUUGUAGACAAAUUCUCUGCGGUUAGCUUCGGAGUGGAAUCGCAACUCGGUAGUCAGUAAUUACUAGCCGGCGGACGAUGGCGUCGGCUCCGCUCUCCGAUCUCAGCGACGACAUCGUUCGUCGUAUGUCGGUCGGGGCGAUUUUCUCUGACUUCGGCGGAAAAGUAAACUCAAUUGAUUUUCAUAGGAAGGCCGAUUUGUUGGUAACGGCAAGUGAUGAUGAUUCCAUCAGAUUCUAUGAUAUUGCAAGUGCUAAAUUGGUGAAGACGACUUAUCACAAGAAAUAUGGAGCUGACAGAGUGUGUUUCACUCACCAUCCAAGCUGUGUUAUUUCCUCGUCGAAACGCAAUUUUGAGUCUGGCGGAGAAUCUCUGAGGUACCUGUCUAUGUACGACAAUAGGUGCAUUCGAUACUUUAAAGGCCACACUGAGAGGGUAAUAUCCUUGUGCAUGUCUCCAGUAAACGACGGAUUCAUGUCUGGUUCAGUAGAUCAUACUGUUCGAAUAUGGGAUCUUCGUGUGAAUGCCUGUCAGGGUAUUCUGCAUUUGCGGGGUAAACCGACUGUUGCUUACGAUCAACAAGGACUCGUUUUUGCUGUGGCAUUGGAAGGAGGUGCCAUCAAAUUGUUCGACUCCAGAUCUUACGAUAAGGGCCCUUUCGAUACUUUCCUAGUUGGUGGGGAUACAGCUGAAGUGUCUGAUAUCAAGUUCACUAAUGACGGUAAAUCGAUGCUUUUGACAACGGCCAAAAACCACGUAUAUGUGCUCGAUGCUUAUAAUGGAGACAAGAAAUGUGGAUUUCAUUUGGAUUCCUCCCAAAAUGCCACCAUUGAAGCAACCUUCACACCUGACGGCCAAUACGUGCUCUCUGGUUCUGGAGAUGGAAACAUACAUGCUUGGAACAUCAGUAGCAUGCCUCCAAAAAGGGUGAGGUCAUUUGAUAGCUGCAUAGGUGUGCCAUCUUGCCUGAAAUGGGCUCCCCGGAGGGCCAUGUUUGCUGCUGCCUCUUCAAUCCUAACCUUAUGGAUACCCAACCCCAACCCCGACGACCCCUCUCCCCAAACCUAACAAAACACAUUGAUGAUGAUAAAUCGAUCCAUGAAGUUUAGUUAUGAUGAUGAAUUAUUGCAGACUUGUGUUUCUUUAGUUUAUUACAUGUUCUUAUGAAAAAUUCCAGGCAACAAAUGGAAAUCCCAAUUUCUUAAUGAAAAGAAAAUACACUCAGCAGGCAGGCAGAAGCAGCAGCAGCAGAGAUUAUUACAAUUUCAUUAAUUAUUCCAUUCAUUCAUAAUUCAUCUAUGUCUCUUGUCUGUCUUCAAAAUUCAGGUUCUGCCGCCGCCGGCGCCUUCCUCCGGCCCUGCCUUAGCCUUGAUGGUCUCGCCGGCCUGCUUGGUCUUCUCUCCGACGGUCCACGCCGUCUCCUGCAUCCUCCUCUUGGCAUAGUCCAGAGGCUGCCGUCCGGUGACCUGCCGGAACGAAUUCAGGACCCAAGACAGCGACGACAGCCCCGUCAGCCCGAAGGCGCCGGAAGUCAGGAUUCCGGUGACCGCCC